AUGAUGCACCGCAGGGAGAAUGAAAUGCCAGGUGUCUCAGACCCUGUGUCGCUGGUCAAUGAGGAAAGGGAAAAAGAAGUGAGAGCAAUAUCUUGGAAUGUUAGAGGGUUCGAAAAGCCUGAAAAAAGACAGGCAGUCAAGCAUUUAACUUCCCAGUACAGUCCCAAAUUUUUAUUCUUACAAAAAACUAAGUUGCAGUUUAUUUCGGAUAGAAUGGUUAACCACUUAUGGGGCGAUGGUAAUUACAAGUGGCUAGCGGCUCAUUUAGAGGGCUCAUCAAGGGAAUUAAUCUCCAUAUGGUGCCAAAAUUUCCUGCAGAUAGAUAAUUUCAUGAUCGACCGGCGAUUUAUUCUUGUGAUAGGCAAAAUUCAAGGUUUUGAUGUUAAUGUGAGUUUUGUUAAUAUCUACGCACCUACUGAUGUGAAUGAAACAGUAGAGUUCUGGAAUGAUUUGCUUCAAGUCUUGAGGGCCACGAAAGCCAUAUGGUGCUUAGGGGGUGACUUCAAUGCGGAAAAAAUUCUGAUAAGCAUUCUGGAUGCUUUUCCAUUGACACUUCUGUGGUUCAAUUUGUGGAGUUCAUUGAGAGUGGGCCUUAUGGAUCUUCCCAUGUCUGAAGGCGAUUAUACUUGGUUUAAUCUUUGUGAGAAUGUCAUUUUUAGCAAACUUGAUAGAUUCUUUUUGGCAAUGGAAUUUUUGGAACCCUAUCCGGAUUUGAUUCAAAGGUGUCUACCAGCCUCGAUAUUUGAUCAUAAUCCUAUCAUGAUUUGCUUGGAGUGCUACAAUUGGGGCCCCAAGCCGUUCCGGUUCUAUAUCCAUUGGUUAGAUGAUCGUAGUUUCAAGGACAUGUUUAUUUCUGCUUAG